AUGGAAACUUUACCAGACAAUCUUAAAUGCAUUUUGGAAACUAAAGAUGGGCCCAUAUGUGGCUAUAUAGAUAAAAGGGAUGAAGGUACAUAUUAUAAAUUCAAAAGUAUUCCUUAUGCAAAGCCACCUCUAGGAAAUUUGAGAUUCAUGCCACCCCUUAUUAACCAGCCAUGGACGGAUCUGCUUGACUGUACACAAGAUGCCCCUGUGCCAAUGUGUUUUGCUAUUGGAAAUACAGUUGUUGGAUCGGAAGAUUGCCUUUAUAUAGAAGUGUCAAGUCCAAAUGUAAAACCCGACAAGUUAAUGCCAGUAAUGUUCUGGAUCGGAAGUUGCAAUUACGUUUAUUAUUGUGAUGAACUAUUUGACCCGACGCUUAUUAAUAAUCAAGAAAUUGUUUUUGUAAGAUGUGGAUUCAGAUUGGGAGCAUUUGGAUUUCUUUCAACUCGUGGCUUUUCAGCACCUGGUAAUAUUGGUUUGAAAGACAUUGUUAUGGCUUUGAAAUGGGUUCAAAGAAAUAUAAGCGUUUUUGGUGGAGAUCCAAACAAUGUUACGCUUUUUGGAAAUAGUACGGGAGGCUCUUCUGUACAUUUCAUGAUUCUGUCUCCAAUGGCAACAGGGUUAUUUCACAAGGCUAUAAUCCAAAGUUCUACUGCGUUAAACAGAUGGUCUUUAGAUAAAAACCCAACGCAGUCCGUCGCAGACUUAGCAAAGGAAUUAGGUAUUACAAAAACUGAAAAGUGUGAAAUUGUGGAAGAGUUAAAAUCUAUACCAGCAGAAGAUAUUGCGAAAGCACAUUUAAAAAUAUCAUUGACCGCAUCCAAUAUUAAUGCAGAAGCAAUAUUUGAUUUAAAGUUUAAACCGUGCAUCGAAGAAGAAUUCGAGGGUCAACCGGUAUUUUUAAGCAAAAGUCCUUUAAUUAUACUUAAGUCUGGGAAUUUUAACAAAGUACCGAUUAUAAUCGGAAGCAAUAAUGUUGAGGCUGCACUACUGCAGUUUGUUAAGGGCGAUUUUUACGAUGAUUUUGAAAAAUUCAACACAGACGUCUCAUUGCUAGUACCUAAAUAUCUCGCGAUAGACACUGACGUAACCAAAAAAAUUGGCCAACAAUUGUUAAAUUUUUAUUUUAAUGGUACGGAAAGUUUGAACGAACACACAAGAACUCAAUAUUUACAACUACUGAGUGAUUACUACUUUUUGUAUUACGUGAAUAAAACCGUGCGGAUGCACAAUCAGUUCGCGCCAGAGUGUCCCGUUUACUAUUAUGUCAUAAACAAUGCGGGCCAAUGGAAUGUACCAAAGGAGCUUGAUUUCCUGAAUUCCAUAGGACAUUCUGCAGAAUUACCUUAUCUAUUCCGUAUAAAACUACCUGGCCAACCCGUUUGCAAAGGUAGUCGAGAUUCAGUAAUGACUAGAAGUAGAAUUAUUAAGAUGUGGACAAAUUUUGCUAAAUAUGGAAAUCCUACACCUAUUGACAAUGACCCACUGCUACAAAUAACUUGGGACCCUGUUGUGGACAAGAAAACUUUAAAUUACUUAAGUAUAGGUUCAGAAUUAACAAAAGGUCGCAAUCCAUUUCUGGAGAGGAUGUUGUUUUGGGAAAAAUUACAUGAUGAACAUUUAUUUCUUAGAACUCUAGUAUACUUCAACGACAUAGGGGUGUCAUGGUAGAAAAAAAAUUAUUAUUGUUAAAAUAUCUUAUAGAUGAGUUCACGCAUUUUUGGCGUGAACUUGUGGAAUGAUGAUGAUGAUGAUCUUAUAGAUGUUUCUGAUAUAGAAUAGUUAUAAAAGAAAUUUCUUAGAAAUAUAAUUGUGAAAGGGAAUAAAAUUCCUCUCUAGGGUCUGUUAAUGUAAGAAGUGAUGUCACAAAAUAUGUAUGUCUUAAAAGAUCACUAUAUUGGAUGUGUCCUAACAUAUAGGGAUUUAAUAUAUAUUUCUGUAAAGUUUCUAGAUCCAGUCUUACAAAGGGAUGAAAAUAUUAAAAAAACUUCAAAAUAUCUAUUUAUAUACGAAAAUCUAUUUAUAUUUUUUUCUACAUUUUCAGUAAUAAUAAAUAUGAAAUGUGAUAAUUUUACAAUGAAGUAACUUACUUAUAAUUACACUUUUAAUAAAACUGAUUAUAAAUACAA